AUGGAAGACAUAAAUCGCAAGGAAAAGCUUUUUCUCAACUACGUUCCUGUCUACAUUGUGCUUCCUCUUUUUGGAAUAGUGGCUAAAGAUAACAAACACGCAGAAUUAGAAACUACAGAAAGGAACUUGAAGCGUCUCAAGAAGGAGGCUUGCAUCGAUGGUGUGAUGGUCGAUGUGUGGUGGGGGAUCGUCGAGUCCAAAGCCCCCAAGGAAUAUAACUGGAACGGUUACAAAGAGCUGUUUAAGAUGGUCAAGCGUUUGGAACUCAAAAUCCAUGCCAUUAUGUCUUUCCACAAGAGCAGCCAAAACAGAAAAACCACCUCUCUGCCGAGCUGGGUAGUCCAAGUUGGCAAAGAGAAUCCCGAUAUCUAUUACACCGACCGCAAAGGCUUUCGAAAUGACGAGUGCCUCAGCCUUGGGGUCGAUAAUGAACCUCUCUUUGAUGAUGUAAAUGGUACAAAACGUACUGCCAUACAGAUAUACAGUGACUACAUGAAUAGCUUCAAAGAAAACAUGGCAGAGUUUCUAGAAGACGGUGUGAUAGGGGCAAUUGAAGUAGGCCUAGGACCCAAUGGAGAACUUUGUUACCCUUCGUUUCCAUCAGAUCAAAGGUGGACAUUUCCCGGCAUUGGAGAAUUUCAGUGCUACGACAAAUACUUGAAGAAAGAUUUCGAGAAUGCAGCAAAGAAGGCAGGACACUCGAUGUUGGAUCUUUCAAAAGAAGAUUUUGGAGAUUACAACAGCAAGCCAGAUGAAACUACAUUUUUCAAGGAAAAUGGGACAUACACAACGGAGAAGGGGGAGUUCUUCUUGGAAUGGUACUCCAACAAACUUAUCAUCCAUGGUGAUCAAAUCCUAAGAGAAGCCAACAAGAUCUUCACCGGCCUCAAAAUUGACUUGGUUGCCAAGGUUUCAGGAGUUCACUGGCUGUACUACCAUCCCAGCCACGGGGCAGAACUAACUGCUGGUUAUUACAACCUUUAUGACAGAGAUGGUUACCGUCCGAUCGCUAGGAUGCUAUACAAACGCAACUGCUUUCUCAACUUUAGUUGCCUUGAGAUGAAAUAUUACAACUAUUCAGAGGAAGCCUUAUCUGCUCCCGAAGAACUUGUUAAAGCGGUCUUGAGCAAAGCGUGGAAAGAAGGCAUAGAAGUGAUUGGUGCAAACACAUCGGAAAUUAAAAAUGAGGAAGGUUACAACCAGGUUCUUCUUAAUGCAAGACCAAACGGUUCUAACCCGAAGGGAAAGCCAAAACUCAAAGUGCACAGUUUCAUGUACCUGCGAUUGUCGGAAACAAUUUUUAGUAGAAACUAUGACAUGUUCAAGAAGUUUGUGAGGAACAUGCAUGCAGAUCAAGAUUACUGUGGAGAUGCAGAGAAGUAUGCCCAUAAGGUCGAGUCGAAUUCAGCGAUCACCAUUGAGGAAAUAUUGGCUGCCACCAAGUCAAGUGGAUCAUUCAAGUGGGACGAGGAGACCGAAGCUAAGGUUGAUGGUUGAACCUAUGCAGCCACACGAAAUCG